AUGGCGACCUCCGUGCAAGUUCUUGCUCCUAAUGGCAGACGACAAACUGUUAAAGUUAAUUCAAAUCAUAGCGUUUUACAGAUAAUAGAGGAAGUGUGUGCCAAGCAAGGUUUUCCUCCAGAACAGUAUGACAUAAAGCAUCAGAGAACUGUUCUGGAUGUAAACAUACCUAUUAGAUUUGCCAAUCUUCCUAACAAUGCAAAACUGGAACUUGUGAAAGCUACAAAGCCACGAAAAGAAUGUGAAGUUGAUAUUGCACUGCAAUUAGAAUCAAAUGAAAGGCUACAACACUCAUUUCUUCCAUCUACCACUUUGUGGGAAAUCUUGGAACACUGGGAAUCCCAACAGGAUGGUGCUGAAGCUCGAUUUACCAAAUGUUCUGAUGAAACUAGUGUUCCACCACUCCAUCCUGUUUGUAUUUACAUGAGGCGUGAGAUUAUUGGUGAAAAAGCUUUAAGAGCCACUUCUUUAAAAGCGCUUGGUUUGACCAGUGGUAGAGCCAUCAUUAGAUUUUUACACAGAGCAACUGAACUCCCCUUGGAAGUGACGUCACCUCCAAGAAAAACAGCCAGGCAGAUAUCAUCAGAAACAAAAACAACAGUGGCAACUACAUCAACAGUACAAGAGGUCACAACAAAAGAGGAAUGCCCUCCUCAACAUACACAUGAUGAGCCCAUGGAAGCUGAGUCUAGUGUACCUUGUAAACCAGCUGAUUGUGGAUCUACUAGUGCAGCAUCAAGACCAGUAUGUGAACCAAUGCAAUCAGGAGCCACAGCUGAAAUUGAACUGACUCCUGAACAAGAACAGCAAGCCAUGAUAAUGGGAAGUGCAUUGGCGGCAUCCAUAUUCCAGCAUAGAGUGGAUGAAGAAAUGCACAGAGAAAGACAACAAGAAUUACGUAAACAGAAAGCACAAGAAAUUAAGCUAAGGCAAAGGUAUAAGGAACUUCAAAGUUUGUCACCAACAGAGUCUUUUCAGAAUUUCAAGUUUCCAGAAGAAACGAAGGGCCAGAAUCUUUAUUCCAAUAAAUAUAGUGAAUUAUUAAAACAAACUGAGCCAUGUGAGAGAGAGAGAUUAGUGUUUAAUCCUGAAUCUGAAGACAGAUCACUGCCAACUGGUGAAGAUGUACCAGAUGAGUUCUUUGAGGUCACUGUGAAUGAUGUUAAAAAGAUGUAUUCUGAUUUACAGCAUGAAAGGUUAAAAUUAGAGGAACAACCACUGAUGACAAGAACUUUGAAGGAAACUCAAGCUAUAAAAUUGAUGGAAAAGUAUCCCAAGGUUGCCAUCAGGGUUCAUUUUCCGGACAGACUGGUAUUGCAAGGGUUGUUCAGGCCACAAGAACCAGUAAAAUCUGUAAUGGAGUUUGUUAAGGACAAUCUAGAUGAUAAAGAUAUGAAGUUUUAUCUCUAUACUACUCCCCCUAAAUAUGUACUGACAAAGGAAAACCAGUCUCUUCUUGAGGCUAAGUUAGUUCCCGCUGCAAAUGUGUAUUUUGGGUGUGAGACACCAAAAGAGUGUUAUUUACUACGUUCACUUCUGGGAGAUGUGACAACACCAACGCAAGCUGACGUUAGUGUUUCAUUCUUAAGUGCUGGCAAAACAAUGACACCUGAAGGAUCCUCAUCAAUUCCUCACAAUGCUGCCACAGCAGGAACAAGUUCAUCUUCUGGUGCAACAACAUCUACAGAUAAAAUACCAAAAUGGUUGAAAUUACCAGGUACAAAAAAGUAAAUUAGAUUGUGAACGAAGAUGUAUUUUUGUUUUCUUUUUAUGCCCAGCUAAAUAGAGAAGUAUUUGACUUUCAUUCCAUUUUCUUUUCAAAUAUAUAUGUCAC